AUGGGUCCAGUGCGAACGACGUCAUGGCAUCCAGCACCGCCCCCUUUGGCCGGCUCCACCAGGCCGUAUCGGAGCGUCUCAGGCUUUACUGUCAGGAAACUGGUCUGCGCAACGUACAUUUCAAUCGUGGUCAUCACCAUUUGCAUAUUGAAUCCAGGAUAUUUCACAGUCGACAUGGACAAAUUCGCACAGAAGAUCGCCGGGAAGCUUGGGGUCGGUGACCUGCUCCCUCACGGAGGCCAGGGGAGUCGGCACGACGCACAACAACCCGUGUUCCACCCGUCCGGCCGCGGGCGUGUCCUCGACAGAGAGCAUGUGCUCCACGCCGACGGCGGCACGUACCCAAGAAUGUGCCGCCUGUCUGACGGGUCCAUCUUGCUGGGCUUCACGCGCUUCGAGCCCAACCCGGCCGACCCCAAGGUGCAGCUCCGGGUGCUGGCAGUGCAUAGGAGUACCGACAAUGGCGCCACGUUCCACCCGCACGGCGUAGUCGACCGCUGCGCGCGGGACUGUGACAAUAUGUUCUUGCUUGAAGUGCCAAAUACCGACGGUAUCGGGCGGCCCAAGAUUUUGGCCGCCUUCCGAAAUCACGACUUUGCCCCCGGGGGUGGUCAUAGUUGGUACAGGAUCACGGUCUGUCAGUCAUUCAACGGCGGCAAGGACUGGACAUACCUGUCUCAGGCGGCUGAGAAGCCUACGGCACCAAACGGCCUGUGGGAACCUUUCAUGCGUAUCGGACGGAGAGGCGAGAUCCAGAUGACGUUCUCACAGGAGCUUUCCCAUAUAGAUCAGGACACCAUGUUCCUUACAUCUGAGGACCAGGGGAAGACAUGGUCCCAGCCCAGGCCAGUCACGGGAGUUGGGGAGCAGUUGAGGGAUGGGAUGACUGGUAUAGUCCGCACAAUGGACCAAGGGCGUGAGGUAAGCGUUAUGGUCUUCGAGACGACGAGGCACAACCGCUGCUUCUCGAUAGAGUGCGUGCUGUCGUACGACGAUGGGUAUACGUGGGGCUGGCGACAAGUGGUCUACGAGCCUUCACCGCACGGGCGCCACGCGGGCAGCCCCCAGAUCGAGGCGUUCGGGGACGGCUCCAUCGCAGUCGUCUUCAUGACCGACGAGGACACGCCCGAACGUCAGCGCGCGUGGCCCGGCAGCGCCAAGAUCAAGGCCGUUUUCGCAGGCCCACCGGUGAAUGGGAGGAUCCAAUUCCACCAGCCGGCAGAGACCGUACAGCCGCCGAACUCGUUCUGGCCAGGCAUCUUCAAGGUGGACGACAACACCCUGAUGGGCAUCUUCCAACAUGGCAGGUCAAUAAGAGGGCGGCAUCUCGUGUGGCAGACUGCGUAA